UCUCUAGUAAUUGAUUGAGUUGGCAAAAAGAUGUAACCUGAAUCAGAUUAUGCCCAUUACUAUUGAAUUGGGCAGUCAUGACUGAGGAGACAAUAAUUUUAGUGCUAUUAGUGUUGGUUAUGCUUGUGGGGUCGUAUUUGGCAGGUAGCAUACCGAUGUUAAUGAAAUUAAGCGAGGAAAAACUAAAAUGUGUCACUGUGCUGGGAGCUGGAUUGUUAGUGGGAACUGCUCUAAUCGUUAUUAUACCGGAGGGUAUUCGCUCAUUGUAUGUGGGGAGUGCGCAAUCCCGAAACCUAACAUCGGUUCCGGAGCAACCAGAUUACUCACAGACCAUUGGACUUUCCCUUGUGCUUGGAUUUGUCUUUAUGAUGCUGGUAGACAUCUGUCAGCGAAAGAGCAAUGCUGGAAGUAAUAAAAAAAACAAUGCCACACUAACUCUAGGAUUGGUUGUACACGCCGCAGCUGAUGGAGUUGCGUUGGGAGCAGCUGCCACAACUAGCCAUCAAGACGUUGAGAUAAUUGUAUUUUUAGCUAUAAUGCUUCAUAAGGCACCAGCAGCAUUUGGGUUAGUGACUUUUUUACUGCACGAAAAAGUUGACAGACAUCAAAUUCGCAGACACCUAGUGUUGUUUUCCCUGUCGGCACCCCUUUUGACUAUUUUAACGUAUUUUGGAAUCGGCCAGGAGCAGAAGGAUACUUUAAACUCCGUAAAUGCUACUGGUAUAGCUAUGCUGUUUUCCGCUGGAACAUUUUUGUACGUAGCAACUGUUCAUGUUCUACCAGAGCUAACGCAAGGGGGAUUGUCAAAGAGCGAUCAGCAAAAUUAUCAUUUGCUAGAAGAAUCUCGUGAUGCUACGCAUGAUAUAAAUGGAGGCAAUAGUAUACAAGCAUUAAAAUAUAGUGAAUUGGUUAUUAUGAUUUGCGGUGCACUGCUUCCGCUGAUUAUAACACUUGGACAUAAGCACUAGUAUUGGCGUCUAGACAUUUUUGGCAAUACAUAUGUUUGUGGUUCAAUCUCUCGAGUUUACAAUUAUUUACAUUAGGCGAUUUGCACAAUGAAGUUUAAUUAAAGUAAUUGUAGUAAAAAAGGUCCCAAUUUAUGCCAAAUUUGGAACCGACGUCAACUUUUUUCAGUUUUCUGUAUGUUUUAGUGAUUUAAGAGGCCUUAUCCGAGGAUGCAAAUAAAACAACCAUAGUGCGGAAGAUAAAAAAAUAAUAUUGUUUCUCUUUCCGUUUUGUUUUAUGAAGACUUGGCUUGUGAUUGGCCCAGCAAGCAAAUAGCAUCGGAAUUAAUACCCCUGCCGUAAAUGAAUAGAUGUAUAAUGUACAUAUGUUAAAGUUGUGUUUUUAAACGUGCGAUCGCUGAGAAUGUUAGUAAGAACUUGAUAGACUUUCCCGACCAAUUGGUGUGCAGAAGAUUUGAUCGGGGUAAGCUUAGAAAGUAACCUUGGCUAGCGGGUCAUCGGAGCUUUCGCGCUCCGCAGGACACCGAGGCUGUUCCCAGGAGUGUAUGCUUAGAGAAGUGCUAGGCUGGUAAAAUAGUAAUAAAGACAAUUUAUAAUAAUGUA